CAGAUUCACACCACAAAAAAAAUCGUCCAAAAUAGAGGAGAGAGUUCUGGUUGCUGCUGCAAAAAUGGCUAAUAGGUAAGAGGCACAUUUAUUUUUGUAAUUAUAUUAUUCAAAUGCUAUUAUGAUUGUGUUUAGUUUUAAUUAGUGAGUUUGUUUUUUGUAGUGAUUUUAGAAGAUUUGAACUAGUUGUUCGGUGAAAAUGGAGAAAGUAGAGGAUAAUUUGGGCGUCAAAUUCGUUGGUGGUAGUAGUUUUUAGUUGACGGUUCCAUCCAGAGUCACAUAUCACAAACUUUGUGAGAAUCUAAUUCCGAGAAUACGGCGCAGAGACAAAGCAGUAAAAGAUAGUGAUGUGAUCACAGGUUUCACUUACCGUCUUCCAGAAUGGCAGAAUGAUGUUUUAUUUCAUUAUGCGAUACCUAUUGUGGAUGAUGAUAGCUUGAAUGUGCUUUGGAAUUUUAUGGCACAAAAUCCUUAUUGUUUGGGUGUUGAGAUACAUGUUGAGCUCAGUGAGGAUCAGGGUGGAGAGGAAGAAGAUGAUACAUGGAGCGUGCCAUCCGAUCAUGACUAUGAUGACGGUGAUGACGGAGAGGAGGAAGAUGAGGAGGAGGAGGAGGAGGAGGAGGAAGGAGAGCAUCUUAAUUAUCCUCCAUACUUUUUACUUGCAGGGUAAUAAAGAGGACGAAGAAUUAUCACUUGCUGAUUCAUAUGGCGUAAUUCCAAUGCCUGUUGUUGAUAGUUUUGAAGGAGAAUUCUACAAGGGGCAGAUAUUUCACUCGAAACAAGCUGCACAGAUGGCGAUUAAACACCACGCACUACAACGCAACUUUCAAUAUGGCGUGGUGGAGUCGUCACCUUCAAUAUGGAAGGUCAGAUGCUUGAGGCACAAGGAUGACAAUUGUCCUUGGAUGGUGCGGUUUGGAUAUCGAGAUGUUGGGGGCGAAUGGACUGUGAGAAAGGCUGAGUUGGUGCAUUCUUGUAGCAGUACGACUCAACCGACGGAUCAUCGCCAUCUUGAUGUCGACAUGAUAUCUGAGGCCGUCAAACAUUUGGUACGUGCCCAACCAAAUCUGAGUGUUCUAACUGUUCAAGCCGAGUUGAAAGAUAAGUUUAAUAUGCAAGUUACUUACAAGAAGGCUUGGUAUGGGAAACAAAGAGCAUUGGAGAAGUUGCAUGGAAAUUGGAAAGAAUCCUACAAUUUUUUGCAAACAUUCUUGCGGGUGGUCAAGAGAAAAAUGCCAACAUCGGUGAUUGAUUGGGUAAGAGUUCCUUCGACUCAACCAGGUCAUUCAAUAUUUCAGCGAGUAUUCUGGGCUUAUGGACCUUGUAUAGAUGGAUUCAAGAAUUGUCCAGGCGUCAUGGUUGUGGAUGGAACAUUUCUUACUGGGAAGUAUAAAGGAGUGCUAGUCAUGGCGAGCUCAUUUGAUGGCCGGAAGAAGAUUUACCAAUUGCAUUUGCCAUAGUGGAGAGCGAGAAUAUUGAGAGUUGGCCAUGGUUCAUGAGGAAGGUUCAGGGUUUGACUGAUCGAAAUGAUGUAUGCAUCAUCUCAGAUAGACAUGCAGGACUCUAUGAAGCCAUGAAUAACAUCGGAAGAGGUUGGGAGUGGAGGAGGUGCAUGCGACACUAUGCAAGCAAUUUGCAAAGGAAGACUAAAAGCAAAAUUAUGUAUAAUCAACUAUUUCGAGUCGG